AUGGCGCAGAGCAGGUGCAUGCUUGUAGGGAACAGGAGCGCGAAGCGUGAGAAGGGGACAAGGGAAUUAGACAAGCCGAGAUAUCAGGUUAUCGAGCGUAUCGACGCGGGUGGUAUGGCGGAGGUCUUCAAGGCCGAAGCGACCAGCAUGCAGGGCUUCCAGAAGUUGGUGGCCAUCAAACGCGUCCUCCCAUCGCUGACAAAAAACCAACGCUUCAUCCGCAUGUUCCUGGACGAGGCCAAGGUUUCUCUCCACCUCAACCACACCAACUGCGUCCAGGUCUUCGAUCUCGGGAUCGCCGAUGGCACAUACUUCAUCGUGAUGGAGUUCAUCGACGGGACCAACCUCAAGAAUGUCCUGGAGUACGUGGUCAGCCAGAAGAUGCAGCUCCCGGUGGAGCAGGUGGUCUAUAUCGCCAUCGAGAUCUGCAAGGGCCUGGCGCACGCGCACAACAAGCGCGAUCUGGAAGGGCGUCCGCUGCAUAUCGUGCACCGCGACAUCAGCCCUCCAAACGUGCUGAUGUCGCGCGAGGGCGAGAUCAAGAUCACGGACUUCGGCCUGGCCAAGGCGCAGAGUCAGGUCGAGCAGACCGAUCCCGGCGUGGUCAAAGGGAAGUUCGGCUACCUCUCUCCAGAGGCAGCCAACGGCGAAGGCGUGGAUCUUCGCACGGAUGUCUUCGCCGUGGGGAUUCUGUUGUGGGAGAUGCUGAUGGGGCGCAGGCUCUUCCUCGGCAAAUCCGACUACGAGACCCUCAAGCAAGUUCAGGUCGCCAAGAUCCCCGAUAUGCAAUCGGUGCGCUCGGAUGUCCCGCACCAGCUUGUCGAGAUCAUCGAGCGCGCGCUGGCAAAGGAUAUCAACCGUCGCUACCAGGAUGCCAGAUCACUGGCCGAGGCGCUCGCAGACUUCCUCUAUGGCUUCGGUCGCCCCGUCACCGGUUUCGGAAUCGCCGGGCUGGUCAGCAGCGUCAUGGACGCGCGAAGCGGCAAGUCAGACAGCACCAACGACUCCAAAAUCAAUGAAGUCGUCCAGCGCGAGAUCAACGCGCUCGUCUCGCUCGAGGAGGUCGAGGAUCUCGACCUCAUGCUCGCGGAUAUGUACGACUCGACCUCGGCUCAUGACGCGCACGGCCCCUCCGGUGAACCCGGUGAUUGGGAGAACCCCGCUGAUUGGGGCCUCGAUCUCGGGAUGGAGGCUGAUGACGCGCCAUCCUUCUUGGCGCGACAGGGUGGCGGCGCGGACACCUGGCAAGAGGCCGGGCUCGGGGACCUCAUGCGACCUGAGAACGCUCAGGCCGCCGCCGAGAAGAUGCGUCGCGAGCAAGCGCAGGCGAUGCAAACCCCCGAAGGUCAGCGCACCUCUCAGCAGCAACAGCAGGCACAGCGCGCAGCGCAGCAGCAGGCUGCCCAGCAACAGCUCGCCCAGCAACAGGCCGCCCUGCAACAACAGCAAGCGAUGCAUCACCCCGGGGCGACCGAACCCACGCCCAUCGAGCCUGCACAGGACGAUGGCGGAGGUGGCAACACCAUCCUGAUCGUCGCCGCUGUGGUCCUGGUUCUGAUCGCUGCUGUCGUUGGCGUCGCGGUGAUCGUCCUGUUCGGCGCGCCAGGCUAA